AUGCAGUUCCCAAACAAGAAGGACGAUUGCUCUGCCUGUGCCACACAUAUGCAUGGUGCCUGCUCAGCAGAUCAACUGCUGCGACAAAGAACCAUGAACCACUCCAGACACAUGGGCAAGAUAAAGAAAAGGCUGGAGGACAUCAAGAACCAGUCCCCAAAGUUGACAAAAGUGGAUUUCAGCCACAACGAAAGCAUAAGGUUGGCCACGGAUGCCUUCCUGGAUGGUGGGACACACUCUUACCUCGAAACUUUAAGGAAAGAGGACGAGGUGGAUUUCCUCUCCUCUGUGGAAACUCAGUACAUCAAGGAUAACGCCAGGGAGUCUUAUUAUGCAGAGGAGUCCCCAGCCACAGACGGAGCGGCUGCGCCAAAACAGAACGAUGCCAGGUCACUCCCUUCAGGGACCUACUUCCCCACCAUUUCUGACAGCAGUGAGCCAGCUCUGCUGCACACAUGGAUUACAGCGGAGAAACCCUAUUUAAAGGAAAAAUCCACUGCCACUGUGUAUUUCCAAACAGAGAAGAACAGCAACAUUAGAGACAUCAUACGCCGGUACAUCAACAAGACCACUCAGGUGUUAGCUAUUGUGAUGGAUGUGUUCACAGACACUGAGAUUCUUUGUGACCUCCUGGAGGCAGCAAACAAGCGCAUGGUGUUUGUCUACCUGCUGCUCGAUCAUGGCAGUGUACAUCUCUUCUCGGAGAUGUGCGACAAGUUGCAAAUUGCUGAGGAUCUCUUCAAGAAUAUUUCAGUCCGCAGUGUUACUGGAGAGGUUUAUUGUGCCAAAUCGGGCAGGAAAUUUUCAGGACAAAUACAAGAAAAAUUCCUUAUCUCUGACUGGAGAUAUGUGCUCUCUGGAUCUUACAGCUUCACAUGGUUAUGUGGCCAAGUCCACCGCAACCUCCUCUCCAAGUUCACGGGUCAAGUUGUGGAGCUGUUUGAUGAGGAGUUCCGACAUCUUUACGCGCUGUCCAAGCCAGUGAGGGGCCCCAAGUCUCCACCGCGCACUCUGCCCUUCCUGUACAGCAAGAGUUGGGUCCCCCAGCGCAGCCUCCCCUGCAGCGACGAGGGCAGUGCGAACACUCUGUCUGAUCCCUUCAGCAGCCUCUCGACUGGCAGCACACACCAGACCAAGCAAACCCCAAGAACUCUCAUAUUUAACAGCAACUUCAGCCCCCAGUCACCUCUCCAUCGAGUGAAUUCCUUCCACGGCUAUGGCUCAUUCACACCUCCCCCUCCACAGAAGGCCAUCCAGGCUAACUACUAUCAGCCGCAGUACGUGGCCGAAAAUGCCACAGUUCCGUAUAACAUGAACAUUUACAGACCCAUAAGACUUAGGCAAGAGGAACAGAACAGGACAGGGUUAAACUCACCCUGGAGAUGCCUCCACAAAGCGAACCUAUUUGCAUAA